UGAUCAGACGACAAAAGGUGAUGGCUUCAACCUGCAUCUUCACCAUGAGCUUCAGCGACCCGGGAAUGAAUCGAAGAAAGGAGUCGGCUGUCAUCUUCAACGACUUCCUCGAGAAUAACUCGACUGUUAGUGUGGUGCGACUGAAUGUCGGGGGAGACUCUUCAACACGACUACCGACACACUUCGAAAAUACCCCAACACACCUGCUUGGGUCCCUCUCGCCUCAGUCGCCCUACUUCAACAGGUGGAGACGAGAAUACUUCUUCGACAGGAACGCCAGCAUCUUCGCCGCCAUCUUGGAUCUGUACAGGAACAACGAACUCCACCUCCCGCAAAAUGUCUGCGGGAACGCCACCUUGAGGGAGCUGGAGUUCUGGCGGGUGCCGGUGAUCUGGGUGGCGGCCUGCUGCUGGAGCAACAUCACCGUCGCCUUGCAGGACCAGCAGCUGGCCAUCGACCUGCACAACAAAGUCUGGCGCAAAGAACCGCAGAAGCCAAAGAAGAGAAGCAUGUGGAGGUCAAAGGUCUGGAAGAUCCUCAGCGAACCCAGGAGCAGCAUUGCUUCAGUGUUAUGGAACAUAAUUGUUCUGGUGGUCACAGUGGCGUUAGCCGUUAACUUGUACCUGAUCAACUUACCUGAGUACCGCGAAAAGCGGGUGUUGUCGCCGGAAAAAAUGGAAUCCCUUGAAAAGCUUAACGGAACAAGACUCUACACCAUGCUGACCACGAAAGCACGUCUGGGGGGGUUGGUAACAGACGUGUGUGUGCUCAGCAUACUGGUGAUGGAGUUUCUGGUGAAGGUCUGUGUCUGCCCCAGCCUCAGAUCCUUUGCCGACUUCUUCAACGUCCUGUACGGCUUCAGUCUUGUGGCCAGCGCCAUGGCCCACUUCUUCGAAAACUAUUUCAUCGAUCAGAUGGAUAAGUACCUGACGACCUACUCUCUGCUCCGUGCCAUCCACUUCAUGCCCCUCCUGCGCAUCCUCGACCUGCUGGACGCCCACCAGUCCCUCCGCAUCACGUGGCUGGCUUUCAAGAAGAGCCGCAGCGAGCUUCUGGUUCUCCUCUUCGUCUUCGCCAUCUUGGCCACCAUCUUGGGCGCCUUUGCCUUCUACUGCGAACUGUCCAACAAUCACUUCGCCGGCACCGUGGGAACCAGCAUCUAUUGGGCGGUCAUCACCAUGACAACGGUGGGAUACGGGGACUUUACGGUCUCCUCGUCCUGCGGUCGAGGGAUAGCCAUGGUGGGUUCCAUGAUGGGGAUGGUGCUGAUGGCGAAUGCCCGUUGCCAUCGUGACGCAGAGGUUCCACGUGUACCGCUUGCGGCAGAGGAUCAACGAAGAGAAACGAACUCGGCAGUUGAGUUACUUAGGACUGUCCAAGAACCGCAUCGGAAUCUUCCUCCGCAGGAAAUCAGCCUUCGGACCGAUGUUCUCCACCAGCGGAUCCUCAUCACUACCGAUGUUCUCGACCAGCCGAACCUCAUCACUCCCCUAACCCUCAGCCCCCUGACACCAAUCCCUACCCCAGCCUCACCCCCUCAGGCCUCGCCGAAAUAAAGUUUUCGAUGGUAUUUCGUGUGGAAUUUUUGCCGUGACAGUCGAUUUUUGACAGCAGGAUUUUACACUCGACAAGCAGGACAAAGAAUAGUUGUGAAUACUGUAAACUUAUGACUGUAUUGUGUGACGCAGAAGGAACUGGAGAAAGAAUUUAAUCCUGUGUCUUGUGUCCUGUGUCAUGUCGGUCAGUAACGUGGAUGAUGACAUCACAAGCGCUGAACAGAUGGCAGUGGAGGUGCGUGUCCUCGAGGACAAGUUUCAUCCGCCACUCGAUGGAUCUGCAACUAAGUCCCACUAACUGUUACAGUGACGUGUCAAAUGGUCACGUGAUUAGCGAUGGGGUUACCCGAGCUGUGAGUGGUCUGCUCACGCCGGGGCGCACGUCACUCCUCGACAUGAUACGAAGAAGCAGUUAAUUUAGUUGGCGAAGGGCAAUAAUUUUAUAGAUGGCGAGAUAGUUGGUGUGGUGCCAAGCCAAAUGGUCUCUUGACUGGCUCGCAAUUAAAGGAGUUUUCUUCUCGCCAGCCACCGGCAGUCAGACGUUUCAGUUAAUGGUAGUGUUUGCCAGUCCUGGCAAGACGAGCCUCCAGACGACUGACCACAGGCAGGAGCCCAGUGAUAGAGUGUUUGUGGUCAAUGAGAAUGGCAAGGUUGCGGGCUUAGGUCAUGUUUGGUAUUUCUCUCUUGGUUUAAUGAGCUGGUCGCUGGCGAAGGUUUCUUCAGGUUUUCUUGUUUAUUUAUGUCCCAACACCACUACUACUACUCCAUAGUGUAAACUCACUGCUUGGUGGUAACAUUGUCCUUACAAAAGAA